UUAUACAUUUGACAGGUGUUUGUGUACACUUUUUUAAAUGCCAUGAAUGAAAAAUAUAUAAACUGCUUUUUAUAAUGGUAUGAUGGGUAACUGUUGCUGCAGAAAAGAAAAAUCGAAUAGAAAAAUUGUGUUAUUAUUGGUAGGAUUAGAUAAUGCCGGUAAAACAAAGGCUGCCAAUGGACUUAUCGGAGACAGAAUUACAUCCCCUGUUCCCACAGUGGGGUUUUCUGUUUUAAAUUUAAAAUAUCUGAACCAUGCAGUUAAAAUUUUUGAUUUAGGAGGUGGACCUAGCAUACGAGGCAUAUGGAAUACGUAUUUUGUUGAUGCCCACGGACUGAUUUUUGUUAUUGAUUCGAGCGACAUAUCCAGAUUUGAUGAAGUAAAAACAGUUUUAAAAGACAUACUUUACAGUGACAAGAUAACAGGCAAGCCAAUUUUAAUUUUAGCAAAUAAACAAGACAGCGAAAAUGCCGUAGACGAAAUAGAAUUAAUAGAAUAUUUAAAUCUGGAACAAUUAGUGAACUUUAGAAGAUGCCCGACUUUGGUACAAAGUUGUACCGCUUCAGAGGCGUCUCAGAAUAAAUUAGAUUUGGGUAUACAGAAGGGGUAUAAUUGGAUCAUGGGAUAUAUAAUCAAGCAUUAUGAAACUUUAAAUGAUAGGGUCGAAAAAGAUGUAAAUGAACAACAAAUUAAAGAUCAGGAAGAGUUGUUAGAGAAGAUAAAGAGAAUAAAGGAGCAGCAUGCUUUGGAAGAGAGUAAACAGAAGGAUGAUACGAUAGAAACUUACUCCGAAUAUGUGAAAAAGAUGAACGGAGAAGCAAAAGCUGUUGAGCCGUUAGAUGCACGUAGAAAAUCUGAAACUGCCUUCGAAGAUUCCAGCAGCAUGGGUAGCGCAAGUUUAUCUGAAUCUUCGGAAUCUUUCCCGCCUGUGUAUAUAAUGGAUAACGAGUUUAAUCACAUUGACAGGCCCAAAAGUAGUGUGGAACUAGUCAAAAAUCAGCUGAAGAUGAGGGACAAUGUACAAAAACCACCUCCAAGGCAUCGAAUGAAUAAAACUGUUCCAAUUAAUUUGUAUGGAGCUAGAUAUCCUUAUUCUGCUGACGAAAGGCGUAGACAAGUGAUAGUUGACAGGAGCCAACAACUAACUUAUGACAGGAGGCAUCUUAGAUCCGCCGAUAACGCAUUGUUUACCAUUAGUAAUCACGUUGUGGACAACGUUAUGGGCCCCAGUGGAGAUUAUAUAGGACUGAAAAUUUUUGAAAAUGGCAAUUUGAAAAAAUCUGUACAUAGACAGACCAGUGGAGGGGAUGUUAUGAGUGUAAUAGACAUUUGAUAUUAUUUUGUUUUUUUUGGAUGAGUUUAAUUUUUGGGAUACUUUGUUUUGUUAAACAAAAAAUGCAAACGUUGUUUAUUAAUAUUUUCAAAUUAAGUUAAACAUGUAUUUUCUAGUAUAUUUUUACCAAUAUAUAAGUGCGA